UGAGAAAUUGUAAUCGAAGUUUCAAACCAUUGACAGUGCUCAAGGACGGCAUUCUAUCGGCCACUUCUGACAACGUCACCUGUUGGGGCAGAUGCUUGCUAAGAAAAUCGGAGCUGAGGAAUAAACGAGGGCGAUGGGUGAACAUUGACGACGCAAAUUUCCGUUGUGACAUUGUGGAGUCAUUAUGUCGGGACACAAACGGGGAUGAUAUCUAUCAAAUGGUUCACGCACAAAUCAUUGAGACUGAGACUAAAGAAGAGGCUUCCUCCGACGCGAACUUGUUCGAUGUCUACGUUGUAUUGCUUGACUCAACAGCUGCCUCGCAAGCGACAAGAAACCUCCCACGAACAUUCCAAUUCUUCGAGAAAUCCAUGGAUGCAGUCACUUUUCCACAUGUAAAUAAAGUCGGGCUGAAUAGUCGUCCGAACGGUGUGGCAAUGUGGUUUGGUUAG